AUGGGUAAAGGAAGCAAUGCAUGUAAAAGAAACCAAGCAAGGGAGAGGAAAAACGUUGAAGUAAAAGCGGGGAAAUCUCAACUAAAAGCGAAUAAAGAAGCACUGAACGUUAUUUGCAAAGUGUGUUAUACUGUAUUUAUGCAGACGCAGAGUAUUGCACAGCUAGCCGAGCAUGCCCAAAAUAAACAUAAUAAAGACGUUAAGGAAUGUUUUCCUGAUAAAUUUCUAAGUUUAUAA